AUGGACUACCAGUGCCAGAGCAAAUACAAGUACCUCAAGUGGCUCAGCCGCUGCCCACCACCGCCACGAGGCUUGCCCCAGAGCACCACGGGCAUCACCCUCUACGUCACGGGCACCCCCUCAGCGCCCAAGGUGGACAAUGCGGUCAAUCGGUAUCAGCAGUUGGGCGGCACCACGUGCGCCUCGGCCUCCAGCUCCUCCUCGAGUGCGUCGAUGAUAGAGAACGCCGCCAGGAUGGAACAAGAAGAAGAUGAUUUGAAGUUGAGCGUAGAGUUGUGGCAAGGCAUUGGGGAAGCGGGGGUGAAAGAGCUCACGCCCCUCCAGAGGCGCGCCAUUUCCGCGCUGGUGGAGGGGAAGGACGUGGUGGUCGACGCCGGCACGGGGCGCGGCAAAACGACGGCCAUGGUGAUCGGGAUCCUCCAGCGAAUAGCGGCGCAGGGCCGCAAGGACGCGAUGCAGGUCCUGGUGGUCGUACCGGUUCGCGAGCUGACGGUCGUGACCGACCACAUCGUUCGGGUGCUGGGCGUCCACAUGGACCUCACGACGCAGCCCGUCGUCGUGUUCCGUCAGAACCACAAUCUGCUGGCCAACGCCCAAGUGGUGACCAUCACGCCCGGCAGGCUGCGCGACCUCCUCGAGCGCGGCUUCUUGGACCCGGAGCAGGUGCGGAUGCUGGUGUUCGACGAUCCCGGCCGUAUGGUGGAUAUGGGUUUCGCCGACGAGAUCGACUUCAUCAUCAAGUUCCUGCCCACCGACAUACAGCUAGCCAUAUUCACGGACAGCAUGACCGACGGGUGCAAGGAUCUGGCCGAGGCCUACAUGUCCCACCCCGUGUACAUCACAUACCAAUAG